GGUUCAACGCCGUAUUUACAAACCUGAACAGAACAGGACGCACUGGUCCCAAAUCACUUGACAAUCAUUACGCAGGUCAGGAUCACGAUGGACAAGUUUCUUUGUCGAGAGGUAUUCAACUCUGGACUGUGCCUUAUUCUGGUCACUACAGAAUAGAAGCAAUUGGAGCCGCAGGUGGUUACAAUGAGCAGCGCGACGGCAUAUACGCCGAGUAUCGAGGAAGAGGUGCAAGAAUAAGUGGAACUUUUGUGGUGUACGACCCGCAAUCAAGACAUGCAGGAUGUGAUGCCAGUGCAAACACAACGGGGAAUCCUGGCUAUAGAUCAUGGUCGGGGGGGAGCAAUGGACAUGGUUCCCAGACGUUUGAUGAUUGUAAAGCAGGUGGCGGUGGCGGAGGUUUUUACUCAGAUGGAAGGAGUGGACUGGAAUAUGGAGGAGUAUUAGGAAAUGGCAGCGAAGGUGGUAAGGCUUUUCUCAACGGAGGGAAAGGGGAUAGGGCCCCAAUACCUAUUAUGUUCGGCGGCUUUGGUGGCGGUGGUGGAGGUACACAAUAUAAAGGGGGUGCAGGCGGUGGAGGGGGAUACUCUGGAGGAAGCAUUGGGGCUGGUGUAAGCGAUUCCUGUGGGGGUGGAGGUGGAUCGUUUAACUCGGGAAGAGAUCAGCAGAAUGAAUGUUGUUACAACUCAGAUGGGCAUGGUCAGGUGACCGUAACAUUGCUGAAAGGAAACUAGCAGUUUACCGUAUUAGGGCAACGGAACGUACAAGAUAUGCUACGAUAUUACGUUAAAGAACAGGCAAAAAAUACGGACAGUUUCUGUUUUCCCUCGCCCUACACGGGGAUUGGAAAAUAUUCACGCGUAUUAUUCGUGAAACCAUCGAAUAAGUUGUAAUUAUUGACCACUAACGUAAAGAACGUAGAGAUGAAUCAUUAAUGGCGAUUAAUUUCAAUGAAAUGCGGCUACGGCCUUAGGAAGACCGCACAUACCACUGAUUUGAAUAGAAAAGAGAGAUUAUUCAAAGUUGUAAUGGUGUGUGUAGAGAUUUCAUAUGUUUGAUCACAUGUUUGAAUAAAAAUUUCCUUUACUCGAGCCCUUCGGCUGCUGCCCUUUUUAAUAACAUGCGAAGGUAAACUUUAACCUCAGAACGUGUAAU